UUCCGAUAUAUUUGUCAUAUGGUCAUUGUCCGUCGUUGUUUUUGCAAUUAUUUUCCAAAGGUACACUUCCGCUAGAUAGAAAUCCUAGAAAAAAAUGUCCGAAUUACAAGAAUUCAACCAGGCGGCCGAGGAUGUGAAGAAUCUGAACACAACGCCGUCGGACAAUGACCUCUUGGAGCUUUACAGCUUGUACAAACAGGCCACAGUGGGCGAUUGCAAUACAGAUAAACCGGGCUUCCUCGACUUCAAGGGCAAGGCCAAGUGGGAGGCUUGGAACAACCGCAAGGGAAUGAGCAAUGCCGACGCCCAAGGUGCCUACAUCACCAAGGCCAAGGCCCUGAUCGCCUCUGUGGGCCUCAAGUCCUAGAUUUAAUCACCAAAGGAUAUUGCAUUUUAUAAUCUCAGUUGUCGUCGAACGCACAAACUUCGAUUUUCCAGAUUUCGCACAAAAUACACCACAAAUGCGUAACGUAAA